AUGCGUUUCUGCAUCAGCGUCGCCAUCGCCAUCAUCAGCACGCCGUUGGCUCAAGCAUUCUGCUGCCGCAAGCCGCUGUUUUGCUGUCGCCCCUCAGUGCAACAUGGCGCCCCGCAAGGCUACGAGCCGCAAGAUGGCGCGCGAGCAGACCAUCGCGCAUUCGAGGACGAGCUCAGCAGCAAAUGCAGGAGCCAACAAAGGGAGUCAAGCACGGCAGGAAAAAAACAGGCCCUUGCGGCUGCGCGCGGUUACGGGGAGGACGUCAAUUUCGCGAGCGAGCGCAUCAGCGGGAGCUUGCCGCUAGCGGAGAGGGGUACAUUCAAGCGUCUGCUUGAGGAGGCCAGCCAGGGGACCAAGAAGCUCGUCGUCGGCGAAAGCCGCGCGGUGGCCCGCUUGGCCAAAGUAGCCGAGGAGAUUUUUGACCUCAGCAAGAAGCUGGGCGUGACAAUCAUCGUAGCGGACUCGCCAGGCCUCUUCGACCACGACGCCUGCCAAGUGCAGGUCUUCAUGCGGCGAAUUGAAUUCGCACGCGUCGAACUGGAAAAAGACUUGGUGAACUACCGAUUGAAGGACGGCCGGGGAAACCGAGCCAAGAACAUCAAGAAGAGCAUCAAGAAGACCAAGCGGCUGAAGCACAAGUUGUCCCCUAAGAUGAUCACGGCGAGUGGCGACGCCAAAGUUUCGGGGAGGAGCUCCACCCUGGAGAAGGCGGGCGAGCUGAAGCCGAACCAAAAAGUUGCGAUCAAGAAGAUCAUGAAAGAGCACGGUGCUGGCAAAAUCGGCCUUCGAACGGCGGCGGCCCAACUCUCCAGCGCGUUGAAAUUCACGGUGGGGGGCCAGGAAACAGUGUGCCAUUAG